AGAUCUGACAUUUAUAGUUUAGGCGUUCUUCUGUGGGAACUCACAAGCGGAGUUCCACCAUUUCGCGAAUUAAAUUGUUACGAACAGUUAGUAUUUAGAAUUUUUAAAGGUGAAAGAGAACGUGUUAUCUCCAACACACCCACAAAUUAUGUAAACAUUUAUACAAAAUGUUGGUCAACUGAUCCGGAUCGACGUCCAACACUGGAGGAAAUUUUAAUCUGUCUUGAAGAAUGCGCAAAAGAAACUAUUGGAUUUAUAGAAAAUAAGAUAGAUGGUAAUGAAAUUAAGAUGUAUAGUGAGCUAGAACAGUUAAAUAUAAAUUCCAGUGAAGAAGAAAUCAAAGAACGCUCUGAUGAGCAAAAUGUUUCUACCAUAAUUAAACAGCAAACAAAUAUAAAUUCCAGAAAGAAGGUCUCUAAUCAAAUUCGAGAAAAAAUCAAAGAAUGUCCCGAUGAGCAAAAUUUUCCUAGUAUAAUUAAACAGCAAACCUUUGGGCAAAUUCAAAAAACCAGCAAAGAAUAUCUUAACAUAACUCAAGAUGAUAAUAUUGGUCCGAAAAAAAACAACAAAAAAAGUGAAAAACUUUCUCAAACUAAUUUAGAUGACUAUAAUAAUGUAGAAGAACCAAAAAUGGAUCAAAAUCUGAUCACAAAUGAGAUUAUUCUUGAAGAACCAAAAAGGGAUCAAAAUCUGAUCACAAAUGAGAUUAUUCUUGAAGAACCAAAAAGGGAUCAAAAUCUGAUCACAAAUAAGAUUAUUCUUAAAGAAAAUAUA